AUGGCGUCCGACACGCGUUCACGUUCACCGCAAGAUGGCACGAGAAGAAGGCGCGACUUCUCCAGGUCGCCGUACGUGACGCUGGGAGCGGUGAGGUACACCGUACGCCGCGUGCCGCCGCCGCGAGCCUGCCCGUGCCGCUGCUGCUCCGAGGAGGCGGUGGCGGCGUGCCUCGGCCGCGCCAAGCCCGAUCGCCGCACGCUGGAGCGCCUCCAGCGCCGCCUGGGCCGCGGCGCGCGAGAAGAGCGGCCCUCGCGCCACCAGCGCCUGCAGGACCUCACCAAGCGCCUGCUGCCACGCGCUCACGUACCUCCACCACCGCCGCCACCGCCACCACACUCGGCGCCAGUACUCCCGCCCGUGCCACCGCCACGGUCCCGUCACCGCCACAGCCCUCCGCGUGGCGCCUCCGUCGACCGCUACGACGAAUUCGAUGCCGACAACAUCACUUUAGUCCGCGUCGAGCCACGGUCAAUCGUCGGCUCUUACGCGCAGAAAACUAUACCGUACAGGAGCGCGUCGUUUUCGCAAGGCGAUUUCGCGCAGGACAAAUACUACCGCGGCAUCGAUCGGCAACGAUCGAUCUUCGACUUCGGAAAGAGAUCCGCAAAAACUGAAACAGGGCAAGCUGCUACAGAGCGCAAUAACGAUACACGAAGUCUUGAUACAGAAGAGAAUGUAACUGAAGGUGGAUCGGUUGCAUCAGUUGACUCCGCUGUGGGUUCGGAUGAGGGUUUGCUGGCGCACGCUUCACUGGCUCCUCGAUCUCCGCCACUCGAUGGACCGCAUAAACAAUUUGGUGCUCGUUCGUUGACUCAUCCGCUACCGCGUCGCGUACCCCCUGUUCGGGAGGAGGGUCAGACUGAAGCGGGGGGCAGUUUGCCCGCUUUAACUCCACGCGUCUUACAUGAACUUCGUGAAGAAAGUGACGGCUCACAAGCCGACAGUGCGCAGGCGCAUAGUGAGGGUACCUCACCUAUGGAACCCGCUCAACCUUUCGCUUUCCCACCUCUUCCCGAUCCUCCCCCAAACGCAUGUGCAAACGUAGACUGUGAGUGUGGUAACUUUCCGGUUGACGCAGAAGAGCCUGCAAGCGCGAUCGCGAGUUCAAUACCCGUGCCCGUGUAUGAGUGUAUAGUGAAACAGUGGUCGAAAGAGUUACCGUCAGACGAAGCGCAACGUUCGGACGUGGCGUCCGAUGGUUCAUUGGACAGAGACAAGGAGGACGAAACAAUAACCAGUGAACAGGUGGCGAAUUUAUUAGCAGCUGUUCAAAAUCCGUGUACACCGGCCCCAAUCGGUGCCAGAGAAAGACGUAGGCCGUUGGAUAAAACAAAAAGAAGGAAAGGAAUUUACAUAACUACUGCGAGUGACGAUGGUGGUGAGGAAGAUGCACCACCCGCAGUAAACGGUUGCAAGCGCGAAAGUAGUGACGCUUCAUUACAAGAUAUGCGCCUGUCGGCUGAAGCAAGAACUUCCUCACUCCUUGGUGAUAAAUCAGACGAUUCAUACACCAAUGGGCCACCAAGUCCUGCUGAGAGCGCAAUGCCUUUGUGGCCAAGGUCAGAAGAGCUACGAGCAAGACGCGCGCGGUUCUCUCAACAAAGCUCCGAUGAGAGAGAAGAAGAUACUUACAGAGUGAGACGGAAGUACGGUGUGACAUCGCGCGGAGAUUCGCCUUCGGAGGCGGAAAGUGACACAUGUUCGCGCGACCGGACCGCAUCACCCUCUCCUUUCACUCCAUCUGAUAACUCGGACGCUGAAGCCAAAAAGCAACAGUUCUCGAGGGUUCCUUUCGGUCGUAAUUUAGAAGCGCCGUCUACUCGAUCUGUGGACGCCGGUAGAAGGAGUUUUUCGGACGCGACAGUUCCUUGUCGCAAAAUCAGCGUAGGCGCUGCUCCGAUAUCUGGGAACAGACCACGUGGCCCCACACACGUCCGAGCGACUUCGUCGCCUUCCAAGUUGGCAGGUGUGAAGCCAGGGGCUGAUUUGUUGGCUGAGCUACUACGCGGCAGCUCCGAAGCCCUGUCCAACUCAUCGGCCUUCGACAACGUGAUACUGACGCUCCAUCAGCACAAUGUAAGUACAUUUCUUUGCUCACUUUGUUUUGCCAGUUUGACCCUGUUUCCGUUCGCAUCGUACAACAAAGCUAGAAACUGA